AUGGCUUCUGGUUCACCCCCCCCUGCUGGCUCCUCGGCGAAGCAGAGGCUUUUGCUUCUCCCAGCAACGCUGUGUAAAUAUUACUUCAGCAAAGUUGUAGACCUGGGGUUUAUAGGUAGCCUUAUGAAAGGUGUAAAACAGAUUACAAGAAAUAAUUCUGUUAUUGUUAAAGUAAUCAUCAAAUCUUUCACACUUUGUCCUUCUGCAGAGAUUCUGCAAGAGGAUGCUCUCAAUAUAACAUCUCCAGAGGAGACAGGAAACUAUUCCCAUUCUUUCUCUUCUGAUUUUUAUUCCAGUCUUGGGUUGGAAGACUUUCCUUCUGUAGGUGACACUUCUGGAACAGAGGAGGAUACAGACUCUGCUGUCUUGUAUGGAACUUUGCGAGGAAGUGUUGUUGGAUUACGAUACUACACAGGGAUUGUUAAUAACAAUGAGAUGGUUGCACUUCAGAGGGACCCUAAUAAUCCUUAUGAUAAAAAUGCAGUGAAAGUGAAUAAUGUGAAUGGAGACCAGGUGGGCCACAUAAAAAAAGAACUGGCAGCAGCACUAGCAGGCAUUAUGGACAACAAACUAGCAGUAGUUGAAGGAGUUGUCCCUUAUGGAGCAAAAAAUACCUUUACCAUGCCUGUACAGAUGAGCUUUUGGGGAAAAGAAGAAAACAGGGAAGCAGUGCUAAAUGAGCUAAAAAAGCAUGGAUUUAAACUGGCUCCUCCUGUGAAAGCAGGUUCAGAAGGUGUUUUUGGAUCAAAGGGGGUUUCUGGGAGAGCUGGUCCAAGUUACAGUGCUCCAACUCAUGCUGCUGUGCAGUUGACCACAGAACAGCUUAAAAAUGAAUUUGACAAAUUGUUUGAGGAUCUGAGGGAAGAUGAUAAAACUUGUGAAAUGGAAGGAGCAGAGGCUGUUGGCACACCCUUGCUUCCCCAUCAGAAGCAGGCUUUAGCUUGGAUGGUUUCACGUGAGAACAGCAACCAUUUACCACCAUUUUGGGAAGAGAGAAGUGACUUCUAUUACAACACACUUACCAAUUUUGCAGAAAAGAAGCGACCUCAAAAUGUCCUUGGAGGAAUAUUAGCUGAUGAUAUGGGGCUGGGUAAAACACUUACUACUAUUGCACUGAUUCUCACAAAUUUUCAAGAUGGCAAGCCUCUUCCUGCUGAAAAGGUCACAAAUGCAAAGUUUUGUGAGGAAUCUGAUACUAACAGCAUGAGCAGCGUUGGACCUAGAGUAUGUAAAGAAUCUAGCAGUGUGAUGGAGCCUGGUGUUUCAAAUGUAAAAAACCCUAAAACUACUGUGUUGAGGCACUCAAGUUGUCUUCCAAAAAGGUAUCUUAGAGACAAAGCCAAGAAACCCAAAUACUCAGGAAGCAGUGACUUGGUAGAGUCUGAAGAAUUGCAGCUGCAAGAAACAGAAACAACUUCCUGUGCUACCCAAGAUAGUACAGACUUUGCAUCUGCUCUUCUAUCUUCAUCUACUAGUUUAAAAAGAAGAACAAAGAGAAAAGGUACCACUAGCAUUCAGUCAGUUGAGAAGAAAUGUUCUGAUGAUGGCCCCAGGGCAACACUGAUUGUAUGUCCACUGUCUGUCCUAAGCAAUUGGAUGGACCAGUUUGAACAACAUACCCAUCAAGACUUUCAGGUCAAGAUUUAUGUUUAUUAUGGCUCUGACCGUAGCAAAGACCCCUCAGUUCUUUCAGGACAAGACGUUGUCUUGACAACAUACAACAUCUUAGCUACUGAUUAUGGAGUAAGUGGUGAGAGCCCUUUACACAAAGUCAAAUGGCUGAGGAUUGUGUUGGAUGAGGGCCACACUAUACGAAAUCCAAAUGCUCAGCAAACUAAAGCUGCCUUAAAUCUGGAGGGACACAGAAGAUGGGUACUUACAGGCACUCCUAUUCAGAAUUCUGUCAAAGAUCUGUGGUCUCUUAUUUCCUUCUUAAAACUGAAACCUUUUACUGACCGAGAGUGGUGGCACAGAACAAUUCAACGUCCGAUCACAAUGGGAGCUCCAGGAGGGCUUGGGCGUUUACAGUCUCUUGUUAGGAGUAUUACUCUCAGAAGAACUAAAACAAGCAAAGUCAAAGGAAAGCCUGUUUUGGAGUUACCAGAACGUAAAGUACUCAUUCAGCACAUUACACUUACAGAGGAGGAGAGACAGAUCUAUCAGUCUGUGAAGAAUGAGGGCAAAGCUGCUAUUAGCAGGUUUUUCAGUGAAGGGACUGUACUAGGUCACUAUGCUGACAUCCUUGGUGUCCUGCUCAGAUUAAGGCAGCUUUGCUGUCAUCCUCGUCUUUGCAUAAGUAUGCCUUCCAGUUUUGCAGCUGAUAAUACAACCCCUGAGGAACUGCGUGAGGCAUUAGUGAGUAAAAUGAAGUUGGUGCUGAGCUCUGGUUCAGAUGAAGAAUGUGCAGUUUGCUUAGAAUCCCUGACCCUGCCUGUGAUAACACGCUGUGCACACGUGUUCUGUAAGCCAUGCAUCUUUGAAGUCAUCAGAAGUGAACAGCCAAAUGCCAAAUGCCCUCUCUGCAGGAAUGAGCUUAGAGCAGAGCACUUGGUGGAAUGUCCCCAAGAAGAGGAAGCAGACUCCAGUAAUGGGAAGAGGUUUGAUCAGGGAUGGACAUCCAGUUCAAAGAUAAAUGCUCUAAUGCAUGCUCUGAUAGAACUACGGAGGGAAAAUCCGACUGCUAAGUGCCUGGUUGUGUCUCAGUUCACAACUUUCCUGUCACUGAUAGAAAAUCCCUUAAAAGAGUCAGGGUUUGUCUUCACUCGUUUGGAUGGGUCAAUGGCACAGAAGAAAAGAGUGGAAGCAAUUCAGUGUUUCCAGAGCAGCCAAGCAGGAUCUCCAACUGUAAUGCUUUUGUCUCUGAAAGCAGGUGGAGUUGGAUUAAAUCUGACAGCAGCUUCCCGAGUGUUUUUAAUGGAUCCUGCUUGGAAUCCUGCUGCAGAGGACCAGUGCUUUGACAGAUGUCACAGGCUGGGCCAGAAGCAUAAUGUUGUUAUUACUAAGUUCAUUGUGAAGGAUUCAGUGGAAGAAAAUAUGCUGAAAAUUCAAAACAAGAAAAGGGAACUUGCAGCAGGAGCCUUUGCUACCAAAAAGCCUUCAGCAAGUGAAGUAAAACAAGCCAAAAUUAAUGAAAUUAAGACUCUCAUUGAUUUAUAGCUUAGAACUGUGGUAUUUUGAGUAAAUAA